GGGUGAAUGAAAAGAUAAAGGAGAAAGUAAAACGAAGAGUUAUACGAAGUAUAUAGCAAUAAUUAUGAGUAAUUAUAUGCAGGCGAUGAGAAUGGUAUUUGUGAUUGCCAUUUUAUUCCUGGCAGAAGCUGCUGCAGCCAAUGAAAUAGCAACGCCAACACCAACGCCAACGCCAACGCCCGCACCACAGACUGAACGCGGCGGGCUGCAGAGAAAAGUCGACGACGAAGUGCGGUGGGCAAUUGCGAUCGACAACUGCAUUGAAAGACUCAUUGAUCAAACUCCAGAGGGUGAAACUCUUACUGAUGACAAAAUCAGAGCCUUUGCGGACAUCUGCACACAAACUAUCGAGCAGAGUUGCCAUCACUCCGAUCAGUGUAUAUUGUUGAGAUCGGAGACCACUCUAAAUAUAUAAACAUCUACAGUUGCAUCUAAGUGGUAUAUCUAAGUGCUAAAAUAUUGGAGAUUCGUGCGUUUGUACGUACCUUCAUAUUUCUUACUUAUUUAAGUGAUCACAUUGUCUUUCAUUUGAAUUUGAUACAAUUGUUUAUUUGAGUAGAAUAUACAAAUAUUGUAUGAUAAGAAUGGUUAUCAUCUUAGACAAUUGAAAAAAUCAUGGAUGAGAGAAUGUUUAUUUGUAAAUAUAUGCUACUUCCACUCUUAAGUCUUGAAGAGGUUCUCCCGUA